AUGCCCUCACAUCAGGCUGCUGGCCUCUCCCCAGCCAGGGGCAGCCCCACCCUAAGAGCAAUGGAGCCCAAGGACCAGCAGCUCAUGGUGGCACUUCGGAUCCGCCCACUCAACAGUGCAGAACUAGAAGAAGGGGCCACCGUCAUUGCCCACAAAGUGGGGGACCAGGUGGUGGCACUCAUGGACCCUGGAGAGGACCCGGAGGACCCCCUGCGCCCACACCGUUCCCGGGAGCGCACCUUCAUUUUUGACACUGUUUUCGACCAGCAUGCAUCCCAGGAGGACGUAUACCAGGCCACCAUUGGGCACCUGGUGGAGGGGAUCAUUUCUGGAUACAAUACCACAGUGUUCGCCUACGGGCCUUCAGGUGCCGGGAAGACAUAUACGAUGCUGGGCAUGGAUGCUGAGCCCGGCAUCUACCUGCAGACCCUCACUGACCUCUUCAAGGCUAUCAAGGAGAAUCAGGACAACACGGAGUACAGCGUGUCCAUGUCUUACCUGGAGAUUUAUAAUGAAGUGAUCCGGGACCUGCUGAAUCCGUCUUCAGGGUUUCUGGACCUCAGGGAAGAUUCGAAAGGCAGCAUCCAGAUUGCAGGGAUUACGGAGGUAUCCACCUCCAACGCCCAGGAGAUCAUGCAGCUGCUCACCAAAGGCAACCGGCAACGGACGCAGGAGCCCACUGCCACCAACAAGACAUCAUCUCGCUCCCACGCCGUGCUGCAGGUUACCGUGCACCAGCGGAGUCGGGCAGCUGACCUGGCUGAGGAAGUGCGGCUGGGGAGGCUGUUCAUGGUGGACCUGGCCGGCUCAGAGCGCGCAGCCCAGACCCAGAACAGAGGCAAAAGGAUGAAGGAGGGCGCACACAUCAACCGCUCAUUGCUGGCUCUGGGCAACUGUAUCAACGCGCUCAGUGAGAAGGGCGGCAGCCGUGCUCAAUAUGUGAACUUCCGUGACAGCAAACUCACACGCCUCCUGAAGGAUGCCCUGGGAGGAAACAGCCGAACGGUGAUGAUUGCGCACAUCAGCCCGGCCAGCUCCAGCUUCGAGGAGUCACGGACCACACUGCUCUACGCCUACAGGGCCAAGAACAUCAAGACUCGGGUCAAGCGCAACCUUCUGAAUGUCUCCUACCGCAUUGCACAGUACACAGACGUCAUCUCCGACCUGCGCAGGGAGAUCGAGCACCUCAAGUCAAAAAUUGAGAAGCAGGACAAGGAAAAGAAAAGAGAGCCUGGUGGCCCAGGUGUGCAAGUCACUGUCACCCCGCAUGACGCCGAGGAGGAGAGCCGGCUGCAGGUGGACAAGAUCCGGGCGCAGCUCAUUGGGGCAUUCAGAGAGCAAAUGGAGAUGCGGCGUAGCCUGGUGGAGCUGGAGAACACCAACAUUGAGCUGCACGUGGACAUGUCCCGCCACCUGCUGACCCUCGCUGACUGGGAGCGGGAGAAGUCCCAGCAGCAGGCGCACAGGGACAGGGGCGAGCUGGACAAGGAUGAGGAGCCGGCGGACGCUGACGCGGACGAGGGGGAGUCGGGGGAGCCGCACGAGGUGGCUCUGGCCAGAGAGGAAGUCAACCUGCUUUUAGCCGAGCAGAGGAAAACCGCAGCCUUGAAGGCCGGGCUGGAGCAGCGCCUGGCCCAUGCCAAGCAGAAGGCAUCACAGAUGGAGCAGCUACUGCCAGAGCAAGUGACCAGCCAGGCCCAGCGAGAGGUCCUCCAGCUGCUGUGCCGGGCCCAUGAGCUGGAGGUAGAGAACACAGAGCUGCAGGCUACCAGUCUGUGCCGGAAGAACCUGCUGGGCCAGAAGGACUUUGUGAUCCAGCGCUACCACCAGCACCGGCUGCUCUGCCAGCAGCUCAUCCAGGGCCAGAGGCAGCUGCUGCGAGACAGCGGCAUCCCGGUGCCGGAGCCCCUGGAGCAGUGCUACCGGCUAUACUCCCAGGAGCUGGGCGAGGGCACGCUGGACCGCCUGCUGCUGCUGCAUUCGGUGAUGGCCAGCUCGCUCCAGGAUGGCUCCAUUCUGAAUUUAUCUCCCCCACCACCCGAGGACUCCAGCCAAGACCAGCCAGAGGACAGGAAGGACCUUCCAGGGGGCACCCCGUUUGAGCUGUCCCCCAUGCUUAUGGAAAGAGACAGUGACAGUCACAAAUCAUCUAAAGCCACGCCACUGAGGAUGCUGGGAAAGCAGGACUCUCUGCUGCCCCCGCCGGCCCUCCGCAUCCUGCUGACUCCACCAGUGCUAGAGACUCCGGGCCCCCUGAGCAUGAAGAGCCUGGUCUCCAGGCUGCACCCCACCGCCAGCCUGGACCUGAGCCCUGCACGGCCGCUGAGCGCCCAGGCCCUUCAGGAGAUGGCCCUGGGGACUAAGACCAUCGCCCUCAUUGCAGCCAGCCGGCGCUGCAAAGCCCAGGAUGGGGAUGGCAGCGCCCUGGACCCCAGGGACCUGAAGCCCCACGCCACAUCGGACAGUUGUCCUGCAGACAGGAGGUGGCCCCAGGCCAGCCCGAUCAUGGACCGUUCCACAGACAGGAAGGCUGGGAGGAAGCGGUCACCCUCCCUCACCUGGCCCACACAGCUGGUGUCAGAGAAACUCCAGGCCCCCUCUGGGGAGCAUGUGGCUGAGAGCCAGCUGUCCCCAGCCCACCUGCAGCCAUCCAAAUCACCAGGGAAGAGCUUCUUCCCUGCCGUCCCCUCGGCCUCCAAGAUGAAACCCAGCCUCAGCUCACACACAGAUGAGAACACACUGCAGGUGCCCGAGGUCAGCUUCACCUUUCCCAGCGCCAUGUGGCAGGGCAGCACGGUCCCCAGCAGGCAGCCCCUGCUGCCUCGAGAAAUCCGAGGGUCCACCGACAGUGGAGGCCGACGCCACAGCCCUCUGCCCCCCAGCACCCCCCACCGGCUUCAGAGCAGCAGUGCCAAGAGACAUCGACGACCCAGAUAG